AUGCUUUUUAAAGAUAUUUUCUUCACUCAAUUAGCCAUUAUCGAAGAAGAUGAAUUGUUCAAUAAUAUAACCAUCAUUAAUACUUUAAAGACACUUUUAAAGAAGGCAUUUAUGUUACAUCUGACACUUAAAGUUUCGCAUUUAAUCAACCAUAAUGUGAAUAAUUAUUAUACAUUACAACAAGUAAAGGAAUUAGAUCAUUUAACUAGUAAUCUGACUAUUACAAAUUUAACCCAAAAGAAUGCUGCCAAUCAAAUUAAUAUAUCAGCAUCGGCUUUACCAAGAUGUCGUAUAC